UGAUAGAGAAAAGGUAUAACUCCCAAAUCAUCGGAGUAUUCUUUUAAAAUGAUACAGAUUUCUUUCUUUUUAGGUGGGACUUUUUUAGGAGGCUAAAAUAUGUUUUGUUGCUGACCCAUCCACAGCAGUAGAUUUCUUUGCUUCCAUAUCGGACUCUAGCCUGCUUCUCCAAACUGGGGUGUGUUGACUGACAUCUGCUUUAUAUAAUAUACGAGCUAUGGCUAAGUACCCCAUACAACCGCACUUCAAAAAAUCUGAACUAUACCUUUUAACAACUGGUACCUUAACCAAUCAGCUAUCCAGACAACAUAUAUUAAAUUUAGUUUCAAUCACAUUCUAUCCUACUGCAGAACAGAUUGAUAUUCAGUUGAAGAAAAAAAAAAAGGGUUUUGAAUUUGGCCAUUUCAGCAUGAGGACAACUAACUCAGUAAUGCCAUUUAAUGUUAAUACAAUGAUGGGCUUUAUCUCUUUCCAUAAACAUCUCUCAUAUAGAAACCAGAGAGUGCAUAUUGAGAUGGACCAUGGGUCCGUCCCAAGUCUCUUAAAUUACUGCUAGUUACCUUACCUAGCCGACUUUGCUAGCUGUUUAGCCCCUCCCGCCUAGGAAAAAAUGCGAGGAGCUAGCGCUAGGAGCGAUGAGCGAGCAUUGUCGGUUUAAGAGACAUGAGACGUCCUUUCCACUGAAGCGUCACGUGAAGCGACGUCCAUUCCUGAUGACGGCGGCACCGCUGGAUCUGCUCCGUAAAGCAGCCAGCGUCUGGCGUUACUAAGGGUACAUCCCAAGUCUCAUUAUAUUCGCUGACCAAAACAGUAGCCCCCACCCCCCGUCGUCAUGACUCUGUUCACACACUUUUGCAUGUAUUACCAUUGUUAUUGAGUCAUUUGUCGAAGUUUGUGCAAUUACAGAACGGUCUGUAGCCCUGCUAUUCCACUGUCACUGUGAUGAGCACUAUCAUUCAAUUAACUCACAAUCAUUACUCUUUGAAGUAGGUACGUGAAUUACAGCGAUUCAUUGCAAAGAAUGCAUGUAACGCGUACUUACUCUUGUACUGUUUCUCCGCCAUCUCGUUCAAAUGUGCCAAAUGUAGAGGGCGGGUAUUUAUACGUCAUGGCGUUCAGCUGAAAAACUCUUCCGGAUAGGAAGCUCUCGACCAUCCUAGCUCGUAGCUGCUUAAAGCUUGCUGCUAGCUCCUAGCGCUAGCUCCUCGCUGCACAAAUAAGAGACUUGGGACGGCCUAGAAGAUGGCGGACCUCGAGCGACUUCCGGUUCAAGCGAGGAGCUAGCAGUAGCACUGUAAAAAUAAGAGACUUGGGAUGGACCCCUUGUGUCUCCACUUCCUCCCUUUGUACAAAAAUGGAGCCAAAAUAUCCCCAUACAUCUGCUGCCAUCUUGCACUGAUGACCUCAUUUGGAGCCAAAGUUUGAGCAGUAGCGAUCUUUGUGGUAUUGAGUUCCCACCCAUUCACCUGUCCAACCAAUGGCGAGCUGUGUUGUUGAUUGCAAGCACACUGAUUGGCGCACAGAGUUGUCAAUCAUGAUGUCAGUCCCCCUUUUUUUACAACAUCAAGUCAUUGAUCAAAACCAAACUCAUUAGAAAAAUGAACAUUUGAACAAAUAUCAGUUAAUAAGAACUACCUAAAAUGACAAACAGUUUUUGGUGAAAAAUGUAUUUGAUGUGUACUUUGACCACACCCCCUCUCUCUGCUACAUAGAGGGGGUGUGAAAGGGCAGGGUUAAUGACCUAUACUGCAGCCAGCCACCAGGGGGCGAUCCAAAUGUUUUGGCAUCACUUCUGGGGAGUUGUCAUGUGGUCCAUCUUUAUUAUACAGUCUAUGGUGGAAACAGAAUAUCGAUCACACACACACACACACACACACACACACAUAGCCUUUUUGCAAACACACCAGUUUUGAUGCCAUGUCCUUAGCACAUUAACACUAUGCGACUUUUGGAUGCUGUAUUCUGGACCUCUCCUCAUUUACAAAAUACUUCCAUCUGAGCUCAGAUCUCCUGUCUCUGGUGAAGAAGAGAAUUUGGAAGUGGACCAGUGAGAGGCCGGAGUGUGACGAUACAGACAGAUCUGCCACUUGCUGCUGCCAAUGUGUGGUCAUGGGUGUGUCUAAUAGUGUGUGCACAUAGUGUAUUUUUCCACAGUCAAAGUAUUCUUUCUCCUUGAUUCUGAUCUUGGAACAGGUUGGAUAUGUCUGUGCUGUGCUCUCCUCUCUGUUCCUGGAGCUUGCGCAGCACACCUCACCGCUGACGUCUGGACACGUGUGUGCCUUGCAGCUGUGUUGACCAUGAAAGAGAAUACACGUCUGUGCUGAAUGUUUUAGGAGAGGGACGGGUGACAGUGUCCAGAGGAUAGCACACGUGGAUUGAUGGAAGUGCCUAUAACAGCUGUGAUCAUCAUGUUAUCAGAGUUGAAGGAUUCCAUGGACCUCUGCAGGCAGGGAACAUUCUUUGAGUCAUUUCACACUGCUGUGAAGGAUAAUUCAUGUUUCUUUCAGCUUGCUCUGGUUGUAAAAUUCUAUUGGUUAUAAUAACAUUUACAAUUAAUAGCUGAGAUCUGGAAACAUGGUGGUAUCAGCAAAGAAACAGAUGCAGUCAGGUGAUCAGACAGGUUGGAAACAACAGUAAAAUGAUUAGCCAGACUGUCUCUUGUAAACAUCCAUCACAGUUUGCAGACAUACUUCCUGCUUUAACUUUGACCCACUGUACUUUCUGUAGUUUUGUGCACAGUUUUCCUGGGAUUUAACAUUUCAAGUGUGCUCACUUUACAUUUAAUCUCCAAAAAAAUAUUUGAAAUCAACUGGAAAGUGCUGAUUUGUAUCCAGCCCAUCUGAAUGUCUGAUUGCUCGCGUUUCUCAACCCAUCAGACCUGUUUCAGUGAUGUCACCGUGACAUACAGUCUCAGGAAUUAACUCGGUGAGUGCAAUGUUGGAAAAGCCUAAAAGGUUGCAAGCUGUCAUAAAUUGGGGCCGUAUUCACAAACAUUGUGAGAAUACGCUCGGAGAGCUCCUUACUUGGCCUUAACAUUUUUAGCAAGGCGUCCUAACUUAGGAGUGUUUUAGGAAAAUUCUCAGAGAAAGUCUGAACAAGGAAGGGACAGAAACCUUUACCAUAGUGUGGAGGUGUGGUUGAUCUCGUUGCCAGGUAUGAUGCAUUCUAAUAAAAGGUUUGAUUGCUUGAUGGAAGAAAAAAGGAAAAAAUAAAAAUGCCCUCUUUGUGAUAAUGGGCAUAGAAUGGGCAGUGAAAUCUAAAAAGCCUAAUCAUAGAAUUUAGUCUCUCCUGUUUACUUUCUGUUGAGUAAAGUAAAAGUGGCCGCCAGAAGGUUUGACAACCCAGCUCUGCUUAUAUAGUAGUUUAUUCACAUGCUGAUACUUGAUUUAUUUAUUUGCUCAUGUUUAUUUUCUAUGCAUAGUGUCACAAUCACUUUCGUUUCGUUAUUGCAUUGGGUGAAAGGGUGUCUGCAGAUCCUUUAAAAGUCUUAAAAGGCAUUGAAUAAAUCAAUCUAAAAAUAAGGCCUUCAUUGGUAUUUUUCACAUCUUAAAUCAAUCGUUAAGAAGUCUUCAACAUGCUAAAACAUGGGAAGUAGAAUUUUCCGAUUUUUUUUUCUGAUAUUGCAUUAUAACAUCUCAAAAUAAUUGGCAAAAUCAAAUUUUUUAAAAACAAUUUACCAAAUACCUCUCGUGCUAAAGUCACACAGAUCAGGAUAGUAGAACCAUCACUCUCGCAGUUAAGUUACAAAAAUCAGGAUAGUAGAACCAACAACACUCAACACUCUAUUUUUUAUUGGAAAGGAUGUUCAGACCCUGGACAACAUUGGAAAGUGCAUAUUUUACAAAAAAAAAUUGCAAACCAAGAUCAAGACUUUGUGGCAUGGCUACAACCAAAGCAAGGCAAUGCAUACUCAAUGUUUUGUACGCAAAAGGUUUUUAAAACUGUGCCAAAUGGGAGUGAAGGUAGUGGAAUCCCAUAUGAAGACUGAGAGACACAAAACCACCAAGAAACCUGCUAACGAAUGCCAGUUCUGUUCAAUAUUUUCUUAUCUUCAGACAAAAAAGUGUAGGAGAUGUUUCUUUCACCUGCUUGACAGUUUCGACUGUGACUUCAGUCUUCCUGCCAGUCAGCAACACGUCGGAUGACUCUUCUGAGGAAGAAGAUAAGAAAAUAUUGAACAAUUCUACAGUAAAACAAGACAAAAUGAACCUAGUCAAUCUAUAUGCCAUCUGUUAUACCCUUUUCUCCAUGCCUGGAUGGAUAAAAACAGUCAUGUUUUAUGUUACAUAAAACAUUUUGGAAAACUGACCCUAAUCUUAAGUAAUUGAUGUCAGUUGAUGUUGUUAAUAUUAAUGUGUUAUGUUAAUGUAUUUUUUUUUUUUUUAAUGUUUCUUCACAUUUGGUCAUUGUAAAACUCGUCUUCAAUUUUAUACCAAGUGGCAUUAAACGUCUUAAAAAGUCCUCACUUGCCUUAAGCUGUAGGAAUCCUUGGUGGGAGAAGUGAGUGCUUCUCUAAUGAGAUCGACCAGGAACAUUAUCCUGCACCAUCUAAUCUGUGGUGUUUCAUUAACUCACUGUCAUUCAGUGUUUGGAGGAUAUUUCUCCUACCUCUUCAUCUUUCUGCCUUUUUCUCCUCCGCUUCAGAAACUCUUAAACCUCUUAAAAGUCCUCCUGCCUACUCCUGACAAUAUUUCACCUUAGGGGCUUUCUUAAGGACUAAGAUGCCUUGAGAAUAAUUUAAAUCUUUACCAGGAUCUAGUUUAAACUGUAAGGGGGAAUUUAAGAAAAUGUCAUAUCUAAGAUGUUUCUUAGAAUUUUGUCCCCAAGGAGUAACUCUUUGUACUAGGAAGUUUUGUGAAUACGGCCCCUGAAAUUUUCCUUGAACUGUAUGGUGGUCAUGUGGAACAAGAGGGCUGUAACAAAAUCAUUUAAAAAUAAAUUGAUUUAGUAUUAAAUUUCAUGAUGUAAACUGACAACAGCAGCAACAAGUUCAAUACAUGAUGUUAAACUUGUUGCUGCCUUUCAUGUUGUUUGCACAAGAUUUGGAUCAAUCCCAUUCUUACCUGGUAUAAACAUACAGUUUGUGUCUGGAUAAACAUCUGAUUAUGAGGCCUUGGAAUUAAACAUUGUCGUAACCUCAACUCCUCCUGCACAGUGGUUGGAUCUCAACACACUUUAGGUGGGUGAGCCAGCUUAUGUUCUGUUGCAUGUUACCAAUUUUGUUUUGACAGUGCUGUCCGACCACAGUGCUGUUAAGUAAUGGUUUUUACCUUGCUGUCAACCAUUGCCAUCGAAUAGGUGACCCUUCAAUUUGCUGGGGACAUUUUCUGCAGAAUAUGGUUAAACCUUGUUCAGACAUGUCCAUCUCUGAUCUCAGUGUGAGCCAGACUUCCUCCAGAUGUGAAUUCUCUGACAUCAGAAAGAUGUUGGACUCACAUUAAUUUUGGUUGGAAUGAAAAUAGGGUUGAAAAUAAUUUAACUUUGGUAUUCUACAUCAAGAUGACGUUGGCAUGAGACAUUUGGAAGACACUGGAUUUUCGCUACUUAACACAACCUAAAACCAACAAAAUAUCAAUAUUAACAUUAGGCGUCCUGACAAUGAAUUUUGGUCCCAUGAUGUCACUACCCAAAUUCAACCAAAUAUUAACUUUGAAAGACAUCUGUGACGAGCUGGGAUGUGAAUUCCCUGAUCCAGAUACACAUCUCAUGUUAAUACCAGGUGGACAUGGGGUCUUAAUGUUCUGGUGAAUUCUGGCCUGAAGUUUGUUAUUAUCUGUGUGUCAUGUUAGUCUCUGCUUGCUUGGUCUUGUACAUUUCAAAAUGGACACGGACGUGUACAGCAGACAUGCACAGGGUUCUCCAUAUGCUAACGCAUUGACACAUGCCGUUGGCAGAUGUGGUCUGACUGGUCCAGAAGAGUUUUUGGUCCAUGCAGAAAUCUGCAAGAAGUACACACUGACCCUCACAGACCUGGGCACGGGAAAAAAUUGUGUUGUCUGCACUUAACCAACCAGCAGCAUUUUCUUAGUUCAGUUUCACCUGAUGUGGGCAGUAGGAAGACGGUAAGCUCAUGUCACAGAACUCAUGUUUACUGCUGUAGGCUGAUCCAGACCCUUAACUGUACCACGUGUGCAUCCGUGUGAUUGUAACUGUCCGCGGACAUACAAUGCAGAUAGCAUGUCCAAGCCUGACUGGUUUUAUUGGACACAUAUUAGUAGUGAUGCAUUAAUGAAAGAGGAAAAACAUGAGAAAGAGAACUUGGAAGUGUGACCGAGAAGAAGGGAGGAGGAGGGAAAUACCUCAGCAUCCAGACCUCUGACACAGAGACAGAGUUCACUGGCAGAGUCUGUUCACAGAGGCUCAGACAAGGAAUAUCCAAGUAAAUAGUAUCCUUGUGAAAUUAAUAUUUUAGUCAUAACAGAUCUUCAGCAUUGGUCAAUGUUAUAUUUCCAAACUGUCAUCACUUGCUGUUACUUAGGUAGAUUGAUUAUUCAACUCAUAAAUCAUGACAUAUGGUUCUCCCCCACAUUAAAAAAAGGCCACUUUUAUUAAUAAAGUGUUGUACUGGUAUCGAUAUAGGCAAUUCUGGCCCAAACCAAAUUUUUGUGGUAUCGCCCACCCCUAACAAACAUCAGGUGGUGACAACAACUACCUAAAAUGACAGAAACCAUCUUUGGGAAAAAAAUUAUUUGAGGUGUACUUUGAGUGUUCAGUUUGACCCACAUCCCAUUCAUUAACAUGGAGGGGGCGGGGUAUGAUAAAUCUGUGGGUGGGCUUUAUGACCUAUACUGCAGCCAGCCACUAGGGGGUGAUCAAGAUGUUUUGGCUUCAUUUUUUUUUUAUACAGUCUAUGGUGGAAACAGUCUAAUUUAUCUGUUAGAGGAUACAUCCUCUCACAGCUUCAUUAGGUCUCACUAGCUGAAUCAAGGUGGAAAGACUGCACGCCUAAAUCAACAUGAUAAAUGACAGUACAUUGGCAAAGUUUGUAAAGGGUCACUUGAAGCUUAGAAAACUAAAAACAUGUUGACCUAAUUAUGUGAGCCAGGCUGCUCAUAUGCAGGAACUGAAGCCCGUCAUGGUGCGUCAUUUCAGUCACAAACCUCAUUUUGCUUGUGACUACACACUAAAUUAGAUUGCAUAUGGGGAACGUCUGACAUUACUGUCCCUAAAGUUUGUAUUUCAGUUGUACAAGGCUUUAUUGUGACAGCAGUGACCUGCAGAAAAAUGAGCACAUGUGCACAUCUACGUGUGUUUUGGGGGAAAUUAUACGUAUAGUGCACUUUCCUUUGCUGAUUGUAAAGCCCAUUAAUGUCUGUAGAAUGGGAUGGAAGUGCAAUAGUUUUUUCUACAGGCCUAAUGCUCUCCUCUCUUAAGGAAAGGUAAAAUCAUUUCUUCCCCUUUAAUUCAUAUUUUUAUAAUGUUAUAUGAGUUUUAUUCUAUUUAAAGAAAGGGAAAGAUGACUGAUUUGUCCCUGUUGUUCAUAGAGUUUAGACAGUGUUUAUUAGUGAGAUAUAUUCAUUGGAAAUGACAGGGACAUUGUUUUUUUGUUUUUCUUUUGUGAAAGUGCCAAUGAUGCCAAUGAGAAAUGGCUUUAGAUGAAAAAAAAAAAAAAAAAAAAAAAACCUAAAGCCACAGCUGUUUCCUGAUGUGUAUUUUAAAAGAAUCUCAGGCUUGGGAAUUAAAUAGCACUUUGAAUAAUGUGUCAUGAUUCCAGGUUUUGGUUGAAACAGUUUUGUUUUUUUAGCUAAGUAACAACACAAGAACACUGAAAUGUCAUCUUGACAAUCCCAUGCCAAUGAAGCCAACUGAUGGCUUCAGAAAGCAACAUAAUUAUUCAGUCUUGUAGUUCUAGUUGUUGUUAGUGUUCAUCUUUUGUCAGAAUUUGAUUCCGAACUCUGAUUCCUCUUCACAGUCUUUGUGAUUUGAGUUAGACACUAUAGAUGGACUUAGCCUGUUCUGAGCAGUUGAUCCCAGUCCUGUUUUUAAGUUGAAGACCUUCUCAUUGAGUAUCCCCUAUUUUGUUUCAGUUGUCAUCAUAAGGUGAGGUAUUAAAAAAAAAAUAAAAAAAAAAAUAAAGACAAGCAUCAGAGUCAUGAUUACUGCACAAUGAAAUUAAGCUACAGAGCACUGAUUGUGGAAGAGCUCAUCAGCUCUCCAGUGUCUCAGCAGUGCAAGUCAACUGAGUUUGAACAAAAAGGCCGAUAAAAGCACCAGCUAAUGAAUCAAACACGUUAACUGUAAUGAAGUGUAAAGGCAGAAGUUCUGUCAUCACUGCUGCUGCAUUUCUUUGAUGUUGACAAAAAUUACCAUUCAUUUAGCUCAGUGCUUCGAAAAGAAAGAGAAAUGUGUUGUCACAGAAGCCAGGUUACAUGAAACAUAGCAAAAAAAAAAACUGACUUUCAAAAAGAGGUGGAGAACAAAAUAACAAAACUAAAAUCUUUAAAUAGAAACUGAAGUAAAACCUUUGACCGUACUCCACCUGUAGGCUAAGUCCAUGUGAUGACUGUCUCAUUUUUUAAUGCAGUAGCCUGCAGAUUGGUAAUUAGAAGUCCACCUGCAAGGUUUACCACCAUUAUGUAUGUUAUAGAGAUAUAUUUUUGUUCAGUCACAAAAAAGGCUAUACAAGGGAUUUAUAUCUUAUUAUUUGCAGGAACAGGUUAAUAGACACUAUUCAUCGAUUUAUAUGACAGCAGCAAUAGUAAUGCGAUUCCACGGCAACGAGUAAAACGGUCUGGACGGUUGUCUAACAGCCGCUUGCCGUCCCUGCCCUCGCAGACUUUACGUGAUGACAGUGAAUACGUCACACUACGUACAAGUGAAGUCCACGAGGGCUCAGUCCGCAAGUCCAGAGGGUGGACAUUUCGAUUCAGCUUUUGAGUAACUGUCACAUAUGGCAGUAAUUGUGGCAACACCAAAGGUAUAAUGGGCUUAUGUAAAAAUACAUAAAUAAACUGCAAAAGCAGUGUAAUGUUAAUAAUUAAAAUUGAAUGUCAUACAGCGACGCAGCCCGCGCAAAGAGACGUGAAGGAAUUUCCGCUGACGUCACUGCGUAUGUCCAUAACAGGGCUGCAGCUGUCUGAGAGCAACAAUAACAAGACCUAUCCAACAACUUAAACGCGGCUAUAACGGUACCUUACAGCGCCGAGCACUACUGAAAUCCUCAAAAUGCGGCUGUCGAAAUAACUCUGGCUUCCGUUUCUUCGUCGUCCGAGUCGAAAACCGGGUUAUCGCCGCGGCCACCGCCGCGGAACAAACACGGAGACUCGGCCGCAGGGGGAACAGGGCAGUUCGGGGCUGCAUCUGGGUCAGUGGGCCUGUCGGCGGCUGCACCGGUGGGGGUUUUUUUCCCUGCAGUGUCCCGUUGCGCCUGUCAGUCUUUUUUUAUCCACAUCGUUUCACCUACAUAACCCUUGAUAACAUGCAGGCUAACGGGGCAGGACAGGACCGAGAUUCAGAACUGUCCUGCCGAAACGGUGCGCAGAACGGUGAGUCGUCCUCCACCGGAGUAGCUCAUUCCAACGGACUUCAGUCUGUCACUAACAAUGGAAACACUGUCAGCAACAACAACAACAACGGAGUGUCAGCCCAACCCGCAUCCAACAACACUAACAGCACGCCGGAUUCCAACACGGGCGUGAAAAAGAAGAAGCGUUUGUCUCAGUCUGAGGAGGAUGUCAUCAGGCUCAUAGGACAACAUUUACACGAUCUAGGUCUCAACCAGACGGUGGACCUCCUGAUGCAGGAGUCUGGCUGCAGACUGGAGCACCCCUCUGCCACCAAGUUCCGCAAUCAUGUCAUGGAAGGAGAAUGGGACAAGGCUGAGAGUGACCUGAAUGAGCUGAAGGCACUGAUGCAUUCUCCAAGUGCUAUAGUGCGGAUGAAGUUCCUGUUGCUGCAGCAGAAGUAUUUGGAGUAUCUGGAGGAUGGGAAGGUUCUGGAGGCCCUGCAGGUCCUCCGAGCUGAGCUCACUCCUCUCAAGUACAACACAGAGCGAAUCCACAUUCUGAGCGGGUACCUGAUGUGCAGUCAUGCGGAGGACCUGCGAGCCAAAGCAGAGUGGGAAGGCAAAGGCACGGCAUCCCGAACAAAGCUGCUGGACAAGCUACAGAGACAGUCAAGCGUGAAAGGGGGAGAGAGAGAGGGAGUGACAUGCAGCAAAGGGCCACAGGCUGGAGUCGAACCCGGGCCACUGCGGCAACAACGCCUGCCCUAUCCACUAAGCCACAAAGCAUACCUGCCUCCAUCAGUGAUGCUGCCUCCUCGCCGCCUGCAGACUCUUCUGAAGCAGGCGGUUGAGCUGCAAAGGGAGCGCUGCCUCUACCACAACACCAAAUUGGACAGUGGACUGGACUCUGUGUCUCUGCUGCUGGACCACGCCUGCAGCAGGAAACAGUUCCCCUGCUACACUCAGCAGAUUCUCACUGAACACUGCAAUGAAGUCUGGUUUUGCAAGUUUUCCAACAACGGCACAAAACUGGCAACCGGGUCCAAAGACACCACCGUCAUUGUGUGGCACGUGGACAUGGAAACCCACCAGUUGAAGUUGGUGAAGACUCUGGAGGGUCAUGCUUAUGGUGUUUCAUACCUGGCCUGGAGCCCUGAUGAUGUCUACCUGAUAGCCUGUGGUCCUGAUGACUGCUCUGAGCUGUGGCUCUGGAAUGUACAGACGGGGGAGUUACGAACAAAGAUGAGUCAGUCUCAUGAGGAUAGUCUGACCAGUGUGGCCUGGAAUCCAGAUGGUAAACGCUUCGUCACCGGCGGCCAGAGAGGCCAGUUCUACCAGUGUGACUUAGAUGGAAACCUGCUGGACUCAUGGGAAGGAGUUCGGGUGCAGUGCCUGUGGUGUCUGAGUGACGGCCGGACAGUCCUUGCAUCCGACACCCACCAACGCAUUCGCGGGUACAACUUUGAGGACCUGACAGACAGAAACAUAGUGCAGGAGGACCACCCCAUCAUGUCUUUCACUGUUUCCAAAAACGGAAGGUUAGCUCUGCUCAAUGUUGCAACUCAGGGAGUGCACCUAUGGGACCUGCAGGACCGGGUGCUGGUGAGGAAGUACCAAGGGGUGACCCAGGGCUUCUACACCAUCCACUCCUGCUUCGGAGGGCACAAUGAAGACUUUAUCGCAAGUGGUAGUGAAGACCACAAAGUUUACAUCUGGCACCGGCGCAGUGAGCUGCCCAUCGCAGAGCUGACUGGUCACACCCGCACAGUCAACUGUGUGAGCUGGAACCCUGUCCUGCCUGGACUGCUGGCCAGCGCCUCAGAUGAUGGGACCGUCCGAAUUUGGGGACCCGCUCCCUUCCUGGAUGUUCAGGAUGUAGAGGGGCUCAAUGAAUGUUGCAGCAUGGACAGCUGAUGAUCUGCUGCAGCUGUGAACCUGGGGAGCAUUAAGACUCUGAAAACACUUGAAUGGAUGAAGCAGGGAAAGCUCUGAUGAUGAGACAGCAGCUUCCUAGAGACGAGGCCAGUGCUGCUGCUUGUCAGGAUGUCACAUUGCAGAGAUGUAAGACUCGGUGACAUUACUGAAGAGCAGAGCUGGCCAGAUGAAACUGGGCUCCACGACCUCCAGUAUCUGUCCCACCUCCUCCUCGUGUCCGACCUGUUCCCUCAGCACCAUCCAGGACCACCCACCUCCUCUUAUUUAUUAUCAGCUACAGUAUUUAUUCAUGAAUAGUUCACUGACUUGUGAAAGGCUAGCAGCGCUUUGUGGAGGGUGUGUGUUUUUAGUUUUCUUCUGUUGUCACAUGAAGAAACUUCAACUUUUUUCACUUUCAUCUUCUGAACCUUUUAAGAGAUUUUAACUAUAGGAACAUUUGAUGGAUGCACCCACUUGAGAAAGUAUCUUUUAAAUGAAAAUUUCUAUGUUGUCUUGUUUUAAUGCAGAGUACAUUUUAUGAGUUUUCCCUCCAGUUUUGCUGCUUAUAGCCAGAGAAAGAAUAGUAUGGGAUAAGCAUGUUGAAUAGGGUUGCACAGGAUGUUUUACACUCACAGUAUGCAAGGUCUGUUAAAGUAUGUUAAGUGGUUGUAUGCUAUCUGAGAGUAGUAUGAUGUGUAAAACCAGUUCAAAGAUUAUCUGUCUUGCUCUAGGAUACUUAGACAUGCAGAUUGGAGGAUGACCCGCUCUGCCUCUGAGCCCCAGCUGCCCCAGCCUGUUGCCAUCCUUCCCUUCAUACAAACAGCUGUCUUCAUGUCAGUUUCACUUUGUUUGGUUUAGUUGUUACAUGUUCUAAAAUGAACUUCACACUGUGUUUGUUUGUUUUUAAUUUUUUUUUCAAGUAGAAAUGGAACAUUUAAAGAGACACUCGCUGAUUACUAACUGUACCGUGUAGAGCUCCUAAAAUCCUGGUUCAGCUAUUUCAAGAUAAGGCUGGUGUUAUUCUCUGUUUCAUAUUAUUAACAAAUUCCAUGAAAAGACCAGAAGUAACAAUGUGUUAGUCAGUUUGUCAGAACUGUCUGACUCUACCCUGUCUGUGACACUCAGCUCUAAGCCCACUGGUUCCUCCUAAAAAUGGAAAUCUUUAAAGGUCGUCUUUGAGACAGUGUAUGACAUACAGAAGAUUGCAGUCGCACAUCCUCGGUUUGGAGAAGCAGGAAGCAGUACUGUCAUGGAAGCUAAGCAAUGAACUGCCGUGGAGGGGUCAGCAUUAAAGUUUAUUUUAGCUACCUAAAAAUAGUCCCACUAUACAAUAUUUGUUAAACGUGUGCACUAUAUUGACAGUAUUUUCACCGUUUUACUUCUCUGACAAUUUCUGCCAGGGAACUGAAGUUGUUCUAUCGCUCUUUUCAAAGCCAGACUCCAUUGAGGAACACGAGUGAUUUAACAUUGUUGAACACAGGGGAUGCUGGUCUAUCACUACCUCCAUCAGUUUUAUUUGUGUGUGUGUGUGUGUGUGUGUGUGUGUGUGUCUCUCUCUCUCUCUCUCUCUCUCUCUCUCUGUCUCUUUGGUGUUUAAAAGGGUUAGUUCAGAUUCACCAAAGUCACACAAUAACACAAACUAACUACCCGAUCAAAGCAGCAGUAGACCAGCAAGCCUGUUUAUAUGGCUGAAGCCAUUAAUGGAGCGAGCUGUGUGACAGAAAGGUAAAGCAGGGAAAAUGCUGUCAAUAAAGCGUAUACUUAAACUUGUUUAUUUGUUUUUUUAGGUGAGUGACAAAAAUGGUUUUGCUGUUGACCCCUCCACAGCAGUACAUAGCUUGGCCUCUGUUUCAGCACUCCUGCCAUCUACUGUGUGUAAUACACUGACUAUGAAUAAGUAUUUCAUACAACCCUCAACUAUCUUCUAUACAAUUACCCCUUUAAUAUAGCAGCAAACCACUGUUUGCUAUGUAAAGAUAUAGUGGAGUAAUGGCAUCCUAAGCAGAGAAUGAAGUCAUGUUCCCUUUGUGUGUGUGUGUGUGUGUGUGUGUGUGUGUGUGUGUGUGUGUGUGUGUGUGUGUGUGUGUGUGUGUGUGUGUUGUAAUCCAAGCUUUUCUGUGGUUUGUUGUGGGAAGUCAGUCCAGCACGUGUGCAUGUAAAUGCACAUGUGCAUGCCACCGGCGAGCUUGUUGCUGCUGCUUGUCACUGCGCUCAUAUGGCAGUUACUGCUGAUAUCAGGACGUUGUUGACAUGGAAGUGUAGUGCCCCCCAUGCCCUGUUUCCCCUUGGUUAACGACAUCAGCUGUGUCAGCACUGUUGCUGUUGUCACUGUUCAUGGAGAUGGCAUUGUUAAGGCUCAUUUAUACUCCCUUUAUGUAUGAAAAUAUAUAUGUCUGUUUCAGACGUUGCAAACAUCACAGUCCUCAUUUUUCCAUGAUUCCUUUAUUACCUAUAGUGCCAAUAGGAGGCACUAGAGGGCGGAGUCAAAAGUUUCACACAACAACAAACGAGGCAACGGUGGAGGGGGUCAUAAUAUUGUACCUUUAAACAGAGGCAGCGUUGAAGAUGGAGAUGGUCUGUGAGGCCAUUACAUACAUCCCAACAUGUCCCAACUGACUAAUUCAAUUCAGUCAGUAUUUUAAUUUUAUUGUCAUCUUGAGCAGUCAUAUCUCGCUUGAACUAAGCUACCCUGCCUGCACGAUCUCUGAUGGUACUGCUCCAUUUCGUCCGUAUCUGUAAGCUUUUAGAAAACGUAUGCAGAUGCAGAGCAUGGACAGGAGGCUCUGUCCAUCUCUGGAUCUAAUGUUGAGGAUAAACAAGCCCUAGAUUCCUGCCGGCUUAGCCACCUCCAUGUUGAAAACUGUGUUCAGACAACUCAUACGCCCUGAAUUUGGCAUAAAGCCCCUUUAAAGACAUGUUUAAAAAAGGCUCAGUUAUUUCCUAAAGCAGCUGGUCACUGUAGAUUUUAACAACAACGACUCAAACAUGAGGAAAUAGAGAAUGCAUUGGGGACUUUUUUCUGUGAUGGAUUAAUCCUCAUUUGGUUUUCUAGUAAGUAUUUGUGACAGCAGUACAGUGGGAUUAAGUGAAUUAUUAAGUGAAAAACUACAGUCUGCAUGUCACGUCACAACAUGUUACCCAGUGACAGUGUGACUCAUAGAUUAAUAGUUUGUGGAAAAUAGUGGAGCUCUAUGAUACAUAGCAGUACGAUGUAUAAGGGGUGGAUACACACACACAGACACACACACACACACACACACACACACACACACACACACUACUUGUUAUCAGGAUACAUUCUCUUUUGGGUCUGUGCAUGAGAUUUGUUCAUGAUGAAAAAAAAAGAAAGAGAAAAUUGCCGGCCUUAUUCUUUAAGUUCAGCACAUCACCAGUGAGCUGAGAUGACAGUAACAAAAUGAUGGAGCGUGUAUCUGUAAGAAUCAAUCUGUAACACAUUUGUAUACAAGUGUAACAUAAAGUUAUUAUGAACUUCUACAAAGUGUUUUCCUUCAGAGAGUCAAAAGAACAAUCCUGCCUAAUAUGAUAUUCUAUGUAAUAUGUGCUGUAUAUUUGUAUGUUAUGGCAUGAGGCUGGGUAGAAAUGGCAGACAGGAUGCCAUGUGUUUCAGGGUUCCCAUGCCUGCCCUUUACUGUCAAAUCCCUAAAGGUUUCAGCUGCUCUUUCUGAACUUCAUACCAAAUUUUCUUGACUGCACUACUGCUGGAAUAUAAAGCAGCACAUUUGCAAUUACAACUGCUAACACGGAAAAUUAGUUUUGAGACUACUGUGCAGCCAGACUUCCAUUUUAGUGACAUUUUUCCAAACUGCUUCUACAGAGAAUUAUUUUUUUCAAAACUAUUCCAGCCCUGGAUGAUAACUGCAGGACUGUGGGAACCCUGUGUAUCUGUCCAGACGCCUAUCAACAACUUCAACUCUACCAUCGUGGAACACACAUGCUAGUGGUACACAACAAUAGAUGUCACACACACUUGAUUCAGUCACAGAUGUGGUGUUCUAGUUUCUACUUUUGUGACUUUCUUUGUUUAUUCUGAGUAUUUCAGGCUUCUCUUGUUUUCUCCUCUUGCUGUAAGAAGCCAAUGUAGGAACUUUGUUUGCUUGCAGGCAGUUUCUGCCAGAAACCAUUUUACACUUAAAAUGUGUUAUUAAACAAGUGAUUGUACUGUUCUGUGUUGUCUGUAGGAGAAGUGUUAUGUAUGAAUAUUUUAAAUAAAGCAUUCAGGGUUUUAAAAGAUA